AAUGCUAAUAAUUCCGGAGAGGAGAUCGAAGCUAUGCCUUCUACUUCCCAAAAUGCUAAUAAUUCCGGAGAGGAAAUCGAAGCUAUGCCUUCUACUUCCCAAAAUGCUAAUAAUCACGAGCAGGGAAAUGCUUUGGGACCGGAGAUCUUCCAGGAAAAUAUGCCAGUGGUUGCCAAUCCGAUACAGAAUCGUCCGCGACCGAUCGCCGUUGUGAUUCCCGUCGCGAACCCAGCACUAGUACGAAGGAUUACCGACCACGUUGCUCGAAACGACGACCAGGAGGAGGAGUCAGAGGGGAUGGAGUUUAUUUCCGACACUGACGAAUCUGAUUCGAGCGAAGAGGAAGUGAUUGGUUUGUACGAUCGCAUCGAUUUGAACAACAUUGCUCACUGCGCCUUCCUGGCAAAGUUCACCGACUUGCAACCUCGCGUCGAGGUGGGCGAAAUCGCCAAUUGCAAUGACUUUCAAAUCCUUCGUCUCAUUGGUAUCGGCACCUACGCUAGGGUUUAUUUAGCCAAAAAGGCGAAUGGGCUCGAUAACAACCGAUUGUAUGCCAUGAAGGUGAUCUCCAAGACGGUGGCCAUACGUAGCGCCCAAACGGCCGAUUUUGUCAGGGAUGAGCGUCUGGCCCUGGAGGUAAUCCAGGGAAAACCCUUCUUGGCCUGUCUUCAAUACGCCUUCCAGGACAUUCAUAAUCUGUACUUCGUGAUGAACUUUGCCCAGGGCGGAGAGCUAUUUCGACUCCUCUUGAAUGUCGACUAUUUUUCCGAGGCGAAUGCACGCAUCUAUAUCGCCGAGCUGGUGGUGGCCCUGAGGCAGCUGCAUCGCCGUAAUAUCAUCUAUCGUGACCUCAAGCUGGAGAACAUUCUACUUGACCAUGAGGGACACAUCGUCCUGGCCGACCUUGGCCUGGCCACCUUCCUGACCCGUGAGAACCAACGCAAGGCUUACAGCGUCUGCGGUUCGUUGCAGUACAUGGCACCGGAGAUGCUACGUGCCGGGGAAGAGGGAUAUGGCAAGGCCGUUGACUGGUGGUCAUUGGGUGUGGUCACCGUUGAGCUCCUUACCGGAAUCAAUCCAUUUUCGAGACCAACUUUGCCGCGCAGCGAGCUGGCCGCAACCAUUCAACGACGCAUCUUGGAAGAGGAUCCGCAUAUCUCUAUGCCGCUGAGCCCCAUGGCGAUUGAUUUAAUCUCUCAGUUAUUGGAGAAAAAUCCAGAGGAGCGAUUGAAUGGCAACCGGAUCCGUGAGCAUCCCUUUUUCGAGGGUAUCGAUUGGUCGGAGAUACCCCGUAGGAACUUCAAUAUGCCCUACUUGCCGACUAUCACGGCUCCCGAUGAUGUGCAGAACUUUAGCUCAGAGUUAACCUCGCAGCCAACCGUGUUGCCCAUUUCUGUACUGCCAACACACUUGCAACUUUAUCAUGGUUUUGACUAUGCGGCACCGGAGAUUCUAUUGCAUCGAGUGUACGAGGAUGGCCAAGACGGGCAUCGCAAUCGGGAUGUACUACAUAUACCCCGGAUUACGGACAAAUCGGUGCUGGGCGACUUGCUGUGUCGCGGUGCCUUCGGCGCCUGUUACCGGGCUGGUACCAGAAUGGCUGUAAAAAUAAUCCACAUGUCUAACUUUCGUGUGGCUGAGAUAGAUGCCUUAAUGUCCUGUUCGCAUGAUAACAUAGUCAGAUAUUAUGGCACUUAUCAUACCAAAACCGAGAUCUGGAUCUUUACGGAGCUUUUGAGCGGCAAGGAUCUUAGCGCCUACACUGGCGACCUUGAUGAGCGUUUCACUCGCGUGAUUUUUCAGCAAUUGCUCAAUGGCAUUUACUAUUUACAUGAUAAGCACAUUAUUCACGGCGAUCUGAAGCCGGAGAAUGUGAUGUGGAAGAAUGGAUGGUCUAGGUCGGUCAAGAUAGUGGACUUUGGUUGUGCCAGAUACCACAGGGAUUUCAUCCAAUGGUUGGACAAGCCUCGCUAUACCCUGGACUUUGCUCCACCAGAACUUUUGGAGGACGAUGACGAAGUGGUCGCCUAUAGUCCGGCAGUGGACAUUUAUGGCUUGGGGGCCACAUUGUACUGCUUGAUCAUGGGGCAUCCUCCAUUUCGUACCAGCACCGAGGAUGUAGAUCUCUCGCCGAUCGCCAGAGAGGAGAUUAAAGACAGGAUUUUACAAGAACCAUUCCGUCAAGAUUCGGAUAAAUGGAUGGAAAGCAGCCAGACGUUCCGUGACCUGGUGACCUGGUGUCUGCAGAAGAGUCCAGGAGCUCGUCCAAGUCUUGUGGACAUUUUGAGAUGCCCGUGGCUAAGAUUUAGCUUUGACGACGAUUUGGAGGGCGGAAACGAAGAGGUCGAAGUGCCACCUCGCCAAAUGAACAAUCGUCGCAACAGCGUUUAAAUGAUGAACAAUGACUUCCAUUUCACUUCUUAUUUCACAUUUUCUUAACAUACUUUACUAACAAUUCCUACAUUUCAUUCAUACAUA